AUCGUAAUCGUAAAUGAUUGUGUUCAAGAAAGUAUAAAAAGUUAUGAGUAAAAUGAGUUGAAAUUAAUUGAUUGGAAUUAAAGAUUAUGUACCUAGGUAGCAGUGAACUUAAUCGGCCCAAUGGCCCUGCAAAACUUAAAAAAAUUCUUGAAAGAAAGGAAGGCAUUCUUAACAAAUGGAGAAAUGAGGUCUGCAGUGGAGGUGAAUUACCAGAAGUUGAGAUCAUCAGUUUGCUAGAAGAACAAAUACCUAGGUACCGUUUACGAGCUGACACCCUUACUCAAUUCCAAGGAUACGAAAACGCUGAUUGGUUCAUUCCAUCACCUGCCCUAAAAUCUGUCGAUACUGAUUUAAAAUUAUCGCCGGACCAAAUCCGGGAGACUCUUAAUUACUUCAGUAAGUAA